UGGGAAAAAUUUGUAACGUAAAGGCAAGAGAUAUUAGAAAUUCAGUUACACAAAUAACCACUUCCAACUCGAAACUCAUUGAUUGGGUGCAUGCUCAUAUUCGCAAAAAAGGAGAAUAGAUUCAUAACCACUUGUAUUUCUCUAAAGGACGUACUUGUCCUACUUGUAAACCUCUUGCCUUUCACAAUUAUCUCCAUAACAAAAUCUUCAAGAAUUAAGGCUUUAAGCUUUUCCCGACUUUUCCGAGGAUUGUUAUCAUUUUGUUUUACUCCGCCUUUUACUUAUUUCCCUUCCUUAUUUCCUUCCCCUCACCUUUUAUAUUGAACAAUAAGCAAUUGAUACUAAUUUUAGUAUUCAUUUGGUAUUUCUGAUGGCAUUUAGCCUUGAAAUUUCAUAAUGCGAAAUAAAAUAAUU